AUGGGUUUUGCAGCCGGAGCCAUGCUUCGUCCACUGGCGCUCCUUGCUUGGCUCGAUUGCGCAGCUGCAAUGCCAUCCUCAUGCCGCGAACACUGGGAGGAUCCACAGAUGAGGGCACAUCUCUUAUGGCAGAGUCUACGUUGUGUGGGGCAGGCCGGCCCUCAGAUCAAUGCCCAGCGCUGCAUGGGUAUCGUGUGCAGUUGGACCGUUAUCAAGGCGCAGACUCCCGAAUGCGUGACGGCGGCCUCCUGCGCGGAGGCUUGCGACAAGGCGGAGGGUUGCAGUGACUUCAGCCGCUUCUGCGGCGCCAUUACAACCCAGGGCACCACUUUCCUCCUUGCCACACAAGAUCGACCUCUCGCAAACUCCACUGCUCUCAUGGGCUCUUCGGCGACUACUUCGGCAAAUCGCAGCUCGCAGGCUAAUAUUUCAGCGCACAUCGAGACCCUAGUGCUCCACGAUGCAGCAGUAAAGCACACGCCAGGAUUCCCCAAGAACUUGGGCUCGGGCCUCGUGUUUUGCAGCGCUUUUCUAGUGAUUUUGGGCUCAUUCAAAGCCCUUACAGCCUUUUGGGCUAGGACAUCCCGGCCCGAGGUGGCGGAGCCCUUGCUUGGCUAA